UUGCCAUAUCUGCAUUCAUUAUACCACAUCUGACCGAGUCAACCACUCCGGCAUUCUUGUCACGUCUACCUCAGGUUGUCUCCCCUGAUUCACAAUACAGAAAGUAGGAAUCCAUGGCAGAUCGGGUGUUCACGACAUGUCAAUACGAGGCAGAGCCAGUGAAGACUUCAGAGAUGCUAAAGUAUUUCCUGCUUGUAAUAAUAAUUACAAUCGAAGUAAAGAGUGAGGAGUGCCCCUUGGGUACAUAUGGUGAAACCUGUGACAAAAACUGUAGCACUAACUGUGCCCCCUCUGCUGACAAGAAAGUCCACUGUCACAAACUGACUGGGAAAUGUUCAGAAGGAUGUAACAGAGGCUGGCAUAGGGACCAGUGUAAUCUGGGGUGUAGCAGGAACUGCCUCAACAAUGUCUGUCAAGUACAAACUGGAACUUGCAUAAAAUGUAAAGCGAACUAUUCAGGGGAUUAUUGUGAGACAGACAAAGAAAGUGGUCCAAAAGAAUGGGAAAACCAGUCGGCACAAGAGGUUGCCUCACCACCACUGGCUGCAAUACUUGUUCCGGUGGUCGUCAUGCUGAUCGUCAGCAUCGGCAUCAACAUCGCUCUAAUUGUGUACAAAAUAAGAUCGAAGGGGCUUAAAAAAAGAAUGAAACAGCACUUGGACGAUGAGGGACAACGCCUUACCUCUUCGGAAUACAACAAUUCAGCUGCAAUGGUCAGCCCCCUCCAGCACCAGGACACUGGCCUCCAUGACGCCUGCAAGGAAGGGAACCUACAGCGAGUCAGAGGAAUCCUGGAUCAGAGUAUAGCGGACAUUGACAAGAAAGGGAAAGACGGCAUGACACCGGUGAUGUGGGCAGCAAGAAGGGGACACAGAGAUAUCCUAGACCUGCUUGUGAAGAAAGAUGCUAACCUGACACUUGUGGAUAUUGUCAGUAACAACAUCCUUCACUGGGCCUGUCGUGGAGGGAAUGUGUCAAUGGUGAAACACAUCAUCUCAAUGAAAACAGUGGACAUCAAAAGUAAAGGGCGGGAUGGGAGAACCCCAUUGAUGUACGCUGCUCGCAAGGGAGAAUAUAAAAUAUUUCAGUUACUUGUGAGUAAAGGGGGUCUACCGUCACAAGAAGACCAUGAUGGAAACAACAUCCUUCAACUCGCCUGUUGGGGUGGAAGUGUGAAGAUGGUGGAGUACAUCCUCAAACAUAAAAGAGUAGACAUCAAUGGUCGGGGACAAUCCGGGAGGACUCCAUUGAUGGCGGCAGCAUACCAAGGACAUGGAAAGAUACUUGACUUGCUUGAGAGAAGAGGAGCUGAUCUAAAUGCAGCUGAUUAUGCUGGAAACAACGCCCUCCAUUCAGCCUGUCUGGGAGGACAUGUGGAUAUUGUGAGGCGUGUCCUCGAGUUGGACAAGGUGGACAUAAACAGUCGCGGUCAGUGUGGUAGGACACCGCUGAUGAUGGCAGCUAGGAUGGGGGAUAGAGAAAUAUUUGAAUUACUUGUGGAAGGAGGAGCUGAUGCAACACCAGUGGAUGAUGACAGUAACAACAUCCUUCAUCUUGCCUCUAAGGGAGGGAAUCUUGAUAUAGUGAACUAUGUCCUCUCUCUGGAGAAUGUGGACAUCAACGCCAGGAACAAGCAUGAUGAAACACCGACCAUGAUGGCGACAAGGGGUGGUGAGGUGUGCGAUCUGCUGGUAACACGUGAUGGUCUCAUUGAUUUAUCGCCUAUCAUGGACGGGAGAUUCACAACGAGGAGAGUUCUAUGGAUAUCCGAAAUCUGUAAUACUAAUAUGAGCGACGUUUCGGUGUAGCUGCUAACACCGUUAUUAAGCAAGUGAUGUACAAUACUGGAGGCAAGGCUAUAUAUACAUAGUAAAGUUGGACAGUGAAUGGUGUUUACGGAAUUAAUGAGGUUGAGGUUCAGUUGACGUAAAGGCCAAAGUAGCUGUGAUGUACCAAUUGUAGAUGUCCAUGAGCUGGAGGGUCAUACUCUGGACCAUCAGCUGACGGUAGGAUGUAACACUUGAAGAUGUCCAGGAGCUGGAGGGUCGUACUCUGGAUCAUCAGCUGACGUUAGGAUGUAACACUUGUAGAUGUCCAGGAGCUGGAGGGUCAUACUCUGGGCCAUCAGCUGAUGGUAGG